AGUGUAGCUCUGCAAGAUCUGCGGAAUAACAGAUACUGAAUGGAUUUGGAUCUGGGAACUGUGCGGGCCACUAAAGCUGGAAACCCAGUGUGAUUGGAUGCAUUCGGUGACAACAUCUGCCUUCUGACAUUACCAUACUGAGUUUCCUUAGGACAUUGCCAUGCUGAAGGUGUCCAUUCAAGUUUGCAAAAACUCUAGCCAUGAAAGGAUGAAGUUGGUCAGUGGUGAUGUUAACAUACAUCCUGCAAUUCAAGCCGUCUUCAGUGAAUAUCAGGAGGUCUAAUGUGCACCAGGACAACAUCUACACCAUCAGGCAGCCAGCAUUUUGCAAAAGAUGUCCAACUACAAGCGUGCAACCUUUGAGGAGGAGGAGGGCGCAGACAUUCCUGUCGAUGGAGCGAUCUCUCCAGACAGCGUGGAGGUGGGCUUUCGGAAGGGUGGUAUACAGUUCUUUGGUCCGAUUGGCCGCAGAACCCAGCUGGAGGUGGUGCUGGCUGGUCUCCUCUUGGCCUCUUUGCUGGCACUGUUUGGAUGUGCGCUCACUCUGGGCGUCCACUACAACAGAGAUCCGUCACGGAAUGUGUGUCUGACAGAGGCAUGCGUGACGGUGGCCAGUAAGAUUGUGGAGUCUCUGGACCGCACCAUUGACCCGUGUCAAGACUUCUACCAGUAUGCAUGCGGGGGCUGGAUUCGCAAGAACCCCCUCCCGGAUGGGCGCUCACGCUGGAGUACCUUUAACAGCAUCUGGGACCAGAACCAGGCUGUGCUCAAACACCUACUGGAGAAUGGCACCUUUAACUCAAGCAGCGAGGCGGAGAAGAAGGCACAGUUUUACUACCUGUCCUGUCUCAACGAGCAGCACAUCGAGGAGCUGGGAGCCCAACCGCUUGUUGACCUCAUCACUAAGACAGGAGGCUGGAACAUCACUGAGCCCUGGGACAAGGAUAACUUCAUGGACGUGCUGAAGACAGUAUCUGGCCCUUACCGAGCUCAGCCCUUCUUCACGGUGGGAGUCAGCGUGGACCCCAAAAACUCCAACAGCAACGUCAUUCAGGUGGACCAAUCUGGGCUGUUCCUCCCCUCUCGGGACUAUUACCUCAACAAGACUAACGAGAAGGUAUUGAAGGCUUAUCUGGAUUACAUGGUGGAGCUGGGCUUGUUGCUAGGAGGAGAUAAGAACUCUACGCUGAGCCAGAUGCAGCAGAUUCUGGACUUUGAGACAGCACUGGCCAACAUCACGGUUCCCCAGGACGAGCGCAGGGACGAGGAGAAGAUUUAUCACAAGAUCACCAUUGCUGAGCUGCAGGCACUUGCCCCUGCUGUGGAUUGGCUGGACUACCUGACCUCUGCCCUUUCACCUCUGGAGCUGAACGACACUGAACCGGUGGUUGUGUAUGCCAGAGAAUAUCUGCAGCAGGUUUCAGACCUCAUCAACAAGACCGACCGCAAUCUGCUGAAUAACUACAUGAUUUGGAAUCUGGUGCAGAAAGGAGCACCUAGCCUUGACCAACGUUUUGAGAAUGCCCAGGACAAACUACUGGAGAGUCUCUAUGGAACCAAAAAGUCAUGUACUCCUCGCUGGCAGACCUGCAUUGGAAAUACAGACGAUACUCUUGGUUUUGCUCUGGGAGCACUCUUUGUUAAAGCCACCUUUGACAAACACAGCAAAGAAAUAGCCGAGGGCAUGAUCAACGAGAUCCGAACCGCUUUCAAAGCCGCACUGGAUGACCUCAGCUGGAUGGAUGAGCAAACACGACAGGCCGCCAAGGACAAGGCUGAUGCCAUCUAUGACAUGAUCGGGUUUCCUGACUUCAUCCUGGACCCCAAGGAACUGGAUGAUGUAUAUGAUGGGUAUGAGGUCUCUGAAGACAACUUCUUCCAGAACAUGCUCAACUUUUACAACUUCUCAGCACGGGUGAUGGCUGACCAACUGCGCAAGCCUCCCAACAAGGACCAAUGGAGUAUGACUCCGCCCACAGUAAAUGCAUACUACAUGCCCACCAAGAACGGCAUUGUUUUUCCUGCUGGGAUCCUGCAGGCACCCUUCUAUGCUCGGGACCACCCUAAAGCGCUGAACUUCGGCGGGAUCGGUGUGGUCAUGGGACAUGAGCUUACUCAUGCUUUUGACGAUCAGGGCCGGGAGUAUGACAAGGACGGGAACCUUAGACCAUGGUGGCAGAAUUCCUCUGUGGAUGCAUUUAAGAAUCGCACUGAAUGCAUGGUGGACCAGUACACUCAGUACACAAUCAAUGGAGAACACAUAAAUGGCAAACAAACCCUGGGAGAGAACAUCGCAGACAACGGAGGCCUAAAGGCGGCUUAUCAUGCAUACAGGUCCUGGGUAAAGACAAAUGGGGAGGAGAAACGACUGCCAGCACUCAACCUGACCAAUGACCAGCUCUUCUUUGUGGGCUUUGCACAGGUGUGGUGCUCCGUACGGACACCAGAAAGCGCUCACGAGGGCCUGAUGACGGACCCGCAUAGCCCACCCAAAUACCGCGUCAUCGGCACGCUGUCCAACUCGCCCGACUUCGCCGAGCAUUUUCAGUGCCCGCUGGGCUCACCCAUGAACUCGGGCCACCGCUGCGAGGUUUGGUAAGGACAGGAAUGUGGUGAGGAGACCCCCACUGACUGCCUUUCUCUUUGACCAGUCAGAGAUGGACGGAUGAACUGUGCCCUCUCCCAAGCACUGGACCGUGUUUCCUUUCUUUUUCUUUUCUCCUUUUAUGGAAUGACACGUUGCUGGAUUGGAAGUGGGUUUGGACAGUUUAGCCCAGAGGCUGGGCGACGCACGGCAGUAUGCCGGCUAACGUUCACCAUGUCCAGCGUUGGAACCGACUGAUUUCUCGCUCCCCUUCUGUGCAGCCCCCAGAGCCCAUGGCCAGCUGUCUUAUUUAUUAUUAGCUGCACUUGAACAUGUUGGGGGCUCCAGUGAGGAAGAGGAACCAUUCAUUCCCACGCUUGUUUUAUUUGUUUGCUUGAUUUGGGUUUGUUUUUUGUUUUGUUU